CGGGUAUAAAUACUUUAGCGACUCACCUGAGAGUCCGUCAGUUCCAGCCCAGACAACCCAGCGAUCGCAACAAAUAAAAUCCAUCAAACUCAAAGAAGAAUUCUCGAAAUGAAGACUCUGAUUGUUCUCGCUCUACUGGUGGCUGCCGUUUCGGCCCUACCGCAAUUCGGAUUUGGACGUCCAGGAUUUGGUGGCGGAUUCGGCGGAGGACCCUAUGGCGGCGGCUUUGGCGGUGGUCCAUAUGGCGGCGGCGGCUUUGGCGGUGGUCCUUAUGGCGGCGGUUUCGGAGGUGGCCCAUACGGCGGCGGAUUCGGUGGCGGUCCCUAUGGCGGUUUUGGUGGAUUUGGCGGAGGAAGACGCCAUGGACACGGUGGGGGCGGUGGUGCAGCCUCUGCCUCCGCCUCUUCGUCAGCCUCUGCAGCUGGUGGUGGAGCCGCCUCCUCGUCCGCCUCUUCAUCCGCCUCCGCUGGCGGCGGUGGUUUCUACGGAUAAGCUGCAAGAAAGUCGAUUAUUUAGAGGUUAAGUUACUCUUAAUGCUGAAAAAGUCUGAAAUAAAAAAAAAUUUAAAACACACAAA